AGAAAAUGUCUUUUUCCUUCUCUCCAUGAUAAGUCACUGUCUUUAAAAGACCCCUCAAAAACCAAACUUCUUCAUUCUCCAUCCAUCAUCACAAGUCAUAACAUAACCAUUCUUACCUUCUGCAGCCUCAUUAUUCAAUCCAUAUUUUCUUUGCCAUUUUCUCAGCCAUGUCAACCUCUAAAAAGAUCACAUCAGAUUCAUCUUUCAAAGGAUAUCAUGAAACAAAUCAAACACAAAUGUGUCUGUCUCUACUUCAAAGAAACACAAACACAUCACCUAGUGGUGAAAAAAGAGGAAGAAGGAAACAAUCAGAACCAGGAAGGUUUCUUGGUGUUAGGAGAAGACCUUGGGGUAGAUAUGCUGCUGAAAUUAGAGACCCUACAACUAAAGAAAGACAUUGGCUUGGUACUUUUGAUACUGCUCAAGAAGCUGCUCUUGCUUAUGAUAGAGCUGCUAUUUCCAUGAAAGGAAAUCAAGCUAGAACUAAUUUCAUUUACUCUGAUACUAUCAAUUUUCACACACUUGUUUCUUCUCCUAUGGAUCUUCAAACUCUCUUACCAGCUUCACAGUUACUCACUAACACUCAAACCAAUCAAAAUACUACUCUUUCUCACCUUAACACUGCACACACUAGUAAAAAUGAUCAAAACCUUUCCUCAUUCAACAAUGACAUGAUCAUGAGUACUUUUGAUCAUGAAAAAACAACAUCUUAUGCAUCAACUCAUGAUGAUAAUUUCUUCUUUUCCAAUGACACUAAUAACUCUGGCUAUUUAGAAUGCAUUGUACCUGAUAACUGUUUCAGACCUGCUUCAAACACAAGAAAAAGCAAUGUAAGUGCUUCAAGUGAUGAAAAAGUUGAUAACAAUGCAGAAAGAAACAAAAUUUCAAUGGAGGGUCAAUCACAUUUUGGUAUGACUUCAUUCUCUCAAGAAAUGCCUAACUUUUCAGAGUUUUCUUAUAGUCCAAGUGAAAUCUGCAGUCAAGGUUUCUUGGAUUGGAAUUCUAACGAACUUUCAGCUAUAUUUAACAACAAACCAUUAAGAGUUGAAGAUGAAUGCAUGGAUACAUUAAUGUAUCCUAAUUAUCCCAUCAUUGAAAAUCUAAGCACAAACUAUGUGAUGAUGAAUGAUCAAGCUGCUUCUUCAUCAAACUAUUCUCCAUCGCUUGAAUUUGGUUACCCUCUCUUUUAAGCUAUUUAUAUAUG